UCUUUCCCGUCAUCCGCAUGUCCGUCAUCACGGCAAGACGGCAAUGUAACGGGUGACGGCAGGUUUUACUGGUUUUUACUAUGCCUGUUACUUUUCCUUGUCACGAGGGGCGUAUAUCGCACAGGCAUUGUUGUUGAACAACAAGUGACGCCAUGACGAAAUGUUGCAUAUGGACAAGCAGAGCUUUCACCGUUACAACAGCUAGGUUGAAAAUUAUAGCAUCCUGAAUAACAGUAAUAUGGAGCAGUCCGAAGACGUCGACUUCCUCGCUCUGCCUGACGAAAUAUGGUCCCGGGUGUUGAUAUGUCUAGAGCCCGAAGAUCUGCUGUCGAUAGAGUCUGUGUCGAGUCGAUUCACGCGCCUGACGUUCGACAAGACAAUUCUACGAAGGGUGAAAUUUCGCAGUGGGCAUCAUAUGGACCUCCCAGAUGUCCGUCGUUUUUUCAGGGAUACGCGACCUUUGGCGAUCACAGUCCUGGACUUCACAAAUUGCGUGUGGCUACCAUCUAGUCUGCUAGAGCAGUGUAUCGGUAGAUGUCUCAACCUCGUUGCAUUGAAAAUUGUGAAUUGUCGCCUCAGCGUGCUCUCCGUCUACAAGAUUCUUGUGCGUCUCAAGUCGUUGGAGUCAUUAGAAUGGUCGCUUUUUUCUGUCGCCCAAACGAGCGUCUCAACAAUUCAGAAGCUGGACAUGAGAGGACCUCUGCCAGUAUGUAAUCUGCGUGACAUGUACGUCGAACUUUUGGAAAGCACCGUGCAUGUCGACGUACUGCUCCGCAUCCUGCCUCGCUGCAAAAGCCUCAGGUCUCUCCAUUUACACGUCGUGGGGACAAGUAUCGUCGACUAUACCCACCUGCCCGUCCCCAAUCCCCUCGGCAACCUGGACAGGCUCGAAUUUUUCACUUACACAACGGAUAUUGUGCGCGGUCGUUGCCCAUAUGCCAGGAGAUCACCAGUCAUCGAAUCGGCUGACCUCUGGCGAAUAGUGUUUGGCAAGGCAAGAGAGCUAAUGCAAACCUUUUGCGUGAAGGCAACCGUGUGUGGGAACGUCACCAUGCGUCUCAAGACUCCGCACGCGUGCAGUUGCGUGCAGCUGUCCGACAUACUCCGCGGCGUUACGAGCUGCUCCGAGUUGAAACAGGUUUGCGUCACGGUGGAGUGCCCCACGUACUUGGUCCGAGCUGCUCAACUUGAGCACUGGGAACACGUUCAGGAACUUGCGUUCCUGUCGCCGGUGCCCAUAGACCAGCCGACAUUUCCGCCCGGCAUCGAUCUGAGCUACGGCCACUUCUUCCUCAGCCUCCUAAAUCGUUGCCGCAACCUUCGAGAGCUCAACAUGACGCGAUUUCACUUCUCCGCUGGUUUCAACUGCUGCAAAGUGGUGGCGGAAAGCGGUCUACGCCACUUGGCCGUGCUCGCGCUUCCAGCCUGCGCUCUCAUGUCCUCCGGGGGACCGUCUCCCCUCGAAUGUUUUUCCGCGUCUCACCUGACGGAGUUGGACAUUAGAAGAAGUGUGCCGACUGCUCACAGCAUUUGCUCAUCCUGCAGUGACCCGCACACCUGUGUUUCGGAGGAUCUUGUUCCUGUCGCCAAAAUGAAAUCUCUCCUCAGGUUGACCCUGUGCAACUUGGGAAACGUUAACACCUUGACGUUCCUCAAAGGAUGUCAAGUACAAGAACUCAGAAUAAGUAACUUGGGACGUAAGGGUCUGUGUCCCUACAACAACGGACUGGCCGACACCCUGAGGGAAAACAAACGCUUGGCCUCGAUCAAGUUAGACCACCCCGUGCUUCCACUGGGUUCUCGGCUGUUAUGGGACGCGUUGAGUCACGCUGUCGGCCUUAGAAGGGUAUGCCUGAUGUCGUCCUCGCACAACGAUGUGCUGGACAGGGCCCUCGUGUUUGGGGCGAUAAAUAAGCUUGCCAAGUUGACCUCUCUGCACAUCCACACAAAUGCCGUCGGAGUGAAGUCGUUCAACGGUAUGCUGCGAGAAGUGCUGCGACUGUCGGGGCGUGAAUCGCAGUUCCGACUCCACGUGGAUUCUGCGGAUAAAUUAGAUCUGGACCCGGACACGAUUUUCUCCUCCGAACAGAGCACACUUUGCCGCACUUCAAAUUUUGUGGGCUUCGCCAAACCGAGGAACAGAGAUGUUAGCGAUUUGUGAAGUUUAUUGUCCAAGUGCCCUUCCAUGCUCGAAUUUAUGCAGCGUACACCGAAAUGCAUUCAGUGUGGAAUUUAGUUUAUCGUCAUAUUUCUCCCAGUCUUGCGGUGCAACCUGUUAGAAUGUUGUACGACUGGCAUAGUUUUUUUUUUGUUAUAUAUAUAUAUAUAUAUAUAAAAGGGUGUCUGCUUUGGGUCAACCAUGCCAUAUCUACUCGCGCUGUCUUCGGGACCCUCAGUAGAGUCUUGCCCCAUAUCAUCAUAAUUUGUAGUAACAAUAACCACUAGUGUUUGUGGUGUCCUCAUUUUGUCAUCUUGCAGCAUUAGAUUUCUGCAUACGUAAUCUCAAUCUCUGGAACUGGACAUUUAUCCUUUGCUCAUAACAGCUUCCGCUGUGGUACCUGACAGUUGUCGCGCUCGUUCAGUUUUGUCUAUGCAGUUUGUGCCUACUUUGUAGUCAUGCAGUGCAAUGCUAGUGGACGGUACAAUGUACGUGAACAAUAGUGUGUGUGACGUAGGGGGCUGUCUUGGCAGUCACCAGUGGUUUUAUGCACACGGCGAUCACGCAGCUCAAUAUAAAAUUUAUGUGCAAUGAAAGAAUGCUAUAUUGCCAUGUGGUGCACUGAAGCCUCCGGUGUACUUGCCAUGUUUUUAAAAUAGGCAGGUUCUGUCUAAGCUUAUACUUUUUCUCUACGGUAUCGUAAGAGUUUCGUAUGAGUCCCGUACGAGUAGUUGCAAUGUCUGUGCGGGAGUACGGUUUAGUAUUGGAAUGUAAAGCUCCAGUCUCAUGGGAGGUGCAGUGUGUUAUAGGUUGAGUGGUGCUCCCAAAAUAGUAAAAACAUAUAGGUUCUAGGCAAGCUAGAAGGUAGCAUGCAAAUUUGUUUUAUGUCAAACUUGUGCAGAAUGUAAACUUAAGGUAGUAUCCACAAAAUAUGCACUGGGUGAAUUGCGUUCUCUAAAGUUUUCUCUGACAGUCUCAAUAGUGCCGUUAUUUUUGUACUGCAUUGUACUAUCAGUCUGCAUAUUUUCUUGUGACCUGAACACAGAUCUUGUGCCAUAAUCAGAGAGAAAGAGUGUUUCCAUGUUGCUCCAUAGGCUUGUCACAGAUUUUAUAUUUUAUUAGCACUGUAUAACAGUCCUUUAACAAGUGCAAUGGAGUGAAAUAAAUGCAAUUCCACAGGUC